AUGAUCCUGGAGCACAACAAGCUGUACGAGCAGGGGCUCGUGUCCUUCAGGAUGAAGGUCAACCACUUCGCCGAUCAGUCUGUGGUGACAGUGGUGCCGAUCGCCAACUUGGAGCUGCCCGAGGCCCUGGACUGGCGGCGGCGCGGCUACGUCACCGAGGUCAAGGACCAGGACAAGUGCGGCGCCUGCUGGUCCUUCAGCGCGACGGGGGCGCUGGAAGGCCAGCACUACCGGCGCACGGGGCGGCUGGUGUCGCUGAGCGAGCAGAACCUCAUCGACUGCGCCGGCGGCAGCGACGGCGGCGACGGCUGCGACGGAGGCGACAUGGAGCGCGCCUACAAGUACGUCAUCGCCAACGGCGGCAUCGACUCGGAGCGGGACUACCCGUUCGAGAAGAAGGGCGGGCCGUGCCGCUACUCGGCGCGCGCCGCCGCGGCCACGGCCCGCGACUUCGUGCUGCUGGACGAGGGCGACGAGGAGCAACUGCUGCGCGCGGUGGCCGCCGCGGGACCAGUCGCCGCCGGCAUCGACUCCAGCCCCGCCUCCUUCCACUUCUACGACGAGGGCGUGUACUCGGACGAGGACUGCUCGUCGGAGCACCUGGACCACGCCGUGCUGAUCGCCGGCUACGGGCGGCAGGACGGCCGACCCUACUGGCUCGUCAAGAACUCGUGGGGCGCCGGCUGGGGUCAGGGCGGCUACAUGAGGCUGGCGCGCGGCGAGGGCAACCACUGCGGCGUGGCCACCUACGCCUCGUACCCGCUCGUCUGA